GUGCAAUGUGCCCGGCACGCAGUGCACACUGGCCAUCAAGAGGCUCCAUUCGUCGCUGCCCCUGCUGCACUCUGGCUCUCCCGCUACCACGGCCAUGGGCAAGGGGAGCAAAAAGGGCAAGGGGAGCAAAAAGGGCAAGGGGAGCAAGAAGGGCAAGGGGGUUUCAGGGGAGGAUGCGAGGGAGGCAGCAGAGCAGCAAGCAAACAAGGAGGUGCAGGCAGAGGUGCGGACGCUAGGGCAGCUGGAGCACCAGAACCUGGUGCGGCUGUACGGGGCAUAUGUGAACGUGGAGGCAGGGGACAGGUGGCUCAUCUAUGAGUACAUUGCUGGGGGCAGCUUGGAAGACCUGCUGAGGAGGAGGAGGGAGGCUGCACCCGGGGUAGGGUUCAACAAGUGGGAGGCGAGGCUGAGCAUUGCGAUGGGGUUGACCAAGGCGCUCAAGUACCUGCAUCAUGAGUGCUCGCCGUACAUCAUUCACCGCGACAUCAAGCCCUCCAAUAUACUUGUGGUCGAGUCUAGGAGCGCUCAUGGGGGGCAGGAGGGUAGCAGUAGUGACGGUAGCACGGUGGUGAGUGGGUCGGGAACAGGGACUGGUAGUGGAUCAGGAACAGGGAGUGCCAGUGGGCCAGGAACAGGCAGUGGUAGUGGGUCAAGAGGGACAACAGAAUCUGGUAGUGGGAACGCAAGUGGAAGUGGGACGGGGAAUGGCAGUGUGAGUGAGAAGGAUAAAGGUGUAAAUGAGCCUGGGAACAGCAGCGGCAGUGGUGCUAAUACUGACAACAGUGGUGCUGGCAGCAGUGGUGCGUGCAGCAGCAUCGACGGAGGUACCUAUUCAACCUAUGGCAAGCCAUGCACGGUCGAUCCAAGGCCUUUAGGAAUCCCUAGCAGCAUUGGCAACAGCACUGCAAGUGAGCCUGCAACAACAGCCAAGGCCAUGUCAGGGAGCACAAUUGCUUCCAAUAGUUCCAUCCACCUGCAAACCGCGCCUCCUCCGCACAACUCUGCACUGCCGUCCUUGCCCUCUGCCUCCUCCGCCCCUCAUCUGCUUCACCGCGAGCCAAUCAAGCUUGACCCUCUCUCCUCUCCAGCAACUUCUCAUCCCACCCCGUCUUCUUCAACCCAAGCAUCUGCACCAUCACUACCCUCACCGCACCCCUCCUCCACCACUCUUUCCUCCACAUCCCUGCCUGCGGCCCAACACACGUUCACGGUGCGAGUGGCUGACUUCGGCCUGGCACGGCAGGUGGACGUGCGGGCAUCACACAUGUCCACGGCCGUGCUGGGCACGUAUGGCUACAUGGCCCCGGAGUAUGCGCAGCGGGGGAGGGUCACCACAGCCACAGACGUGUUUGCAUUCGGGGUGGUGCUGCUGCAGCUGGUGUCAGGGCGAUCGCCAUACGACGAGGAGGUGGAGGAUAGAGGGCUGGCGAGGUGGGCCUUCUCCUCGUCUGUCUCUGCCGUGCUGGACCCGCUGCUGGGGCCGUCUGCGCCCACCAGGGCAGUGGAGGCCGUGCUGAGACUGGCGCUGCGGUGCACGGCGGAACAGAGCCAGAGACGCCCGUCCAUGCUGGAUGCGUGGACGUACCUCACGAGCCUGCAUGAUGUGGUCGCGCACAUGCAAGGCCAGGGCGGGGACGGCCUGGAUCUGUCGCUAGAGCAGCAAGGCAUGGCGUGGGAUGCUGGGGGCGUUGGGUCUGGGUCGACUUCUGUACUGCCUGGGAGCAGAGCGGAUGAGGAGGACAAGGCCACCAGCAACAACACUCCCCCACCCACCUACAAAUCGCAGGAGAUCAAGCCCAUAUUGCUCGUGUACAACGAGCAGCAUCCACAGUGGAUGCAGACCGUCCGUUUUUUCCUCAACCGCGCAGGCCUCCAUUCGAUUUACCUCUCCUUCUCCGAACCCGAGCAUCUUCCCACUCUCGGCGCCUGCAUCGCUCACAGCAGCCCCUCCCUCACGUCUCUCCACCUGCAGCUGCAAUCCACUGCAGCACUUGGCUUCUUUAAUGAGGAGAAUUACAGGCCAUGGGCGCUGGGUUUUCUCAAGGAAUGCGCCCAGCUGCGGGAGCUGAAUCUGGGGUGGGGCAUGUGGGAUCUCGGCAAGCAGUCCAUCAACGUGGCGUGGCUCAAGUCAGUCCGCAAGCUGACCCUCUAUAGGGUGCUAUACAGGGAUGCGAGCCUUCAUUUCCUCGAGUCCAUCGCGCCGCAGCUGACCGAGUUCACGCUGACGGAGGAUGGUGACCUGCAACUCCUUGGUCCCUCUCCUGUCUCUGAUGGAGUGGCCUUAUCAUUUCCCAACGCCCUCGUGGCCAAGCGGCUUGACCUCUCCUGCAAGAGCACUGGCCCUCUCGCUCUCGACCAUCUCUUGCUGUACGGCCAGGAGCGGCUCGCCAUCUCCUCCCUCCCUCUUGCAUCCGUCAAGGUUGCUUACUUGGACGGACUUCUGCGGUUCCUCUUCUUCCCCUCUUGCAAGUGGCAGGAAGCCCCCACACUGGCUGCACUCCAGCAGCACUACCCCGCCCUGGCGCUCUACUGUGUGGUGGACUACUACUGGGAGAGAAAGGGUGUGUGUGUGAGGGAUGGGCCGCUUGAGCAUCUGAGGACGAGGACAAAAGUGGUGGAGAAGAUGCACAGUGUGAACAGGACGCUGGUGGAGGGGUAUUGUGCUGAGGAGGACCAG